UUAUUUCUGCAGGGAAGUUUUUUUUUUUCUUCUUCUUCUACAUAUUUAUAACACUAAAAAAAGCUAGGGGAGCCUUCAGACAUUUUUUGUCUCUGUGCAAAAUAUAAAUGAUAGCACUUUCGUCUGCUCCAUCUUGAUCUCUUCUUUCAUGUCACUCCUCCUCAAUGGGUUGCGGCAUGUCAAAGUAUGAUCCUGAAGACUCGGUGCUCUUUUGCGAAUUCAAUCCGCGUCAAAAUAAUCUUCACCCCAUUGAUCAGGAUGCUUGUUCUGAUAAUGAGGUUGAUCAUCUUUGCCAAAACAGCAUUACUUCGCCGGCAAAGGAGAAUGAAAGAGGGUUGGAGACAAAAGAGUUGGAAACCGAAAAGGAGCCCGGAAAGAAGGUGUCAACCGCAAAAGCCGUGCCUGAGGAGGAGGGUCUUCACCAUGAAGAGAUCGAGGUGAGUAGACAGAAUCAUGAAGAAGAAGAAGAGGAGGAAAAUGAGCUUUUCAAUGAGAGGGAAGAUAGUAUAACUGCUCCAGCAUCGCCAAGUUUUAGGGACUGCUUAAUUGGUCCAGGAUCGCCAAGUUUUAGGCUGUACUGCCGGGAUUCUGACUCCAAGGGUAGCAGCAAGAAUGAUGAUAAUGGUGAUGAAGCAAAAGGUGAAAGCGAGUCACGAAAGGAAUCAAGUCUGGAUUUUGACAAGGGUUCCAGAACCAAAGUAGCCAAGAAAAAGAGAAAAGGAAGAAGAUUACUAAAGAAUAUCUUACACAAUGGCCGACCAGCAGGGGCAAAAUAAAAUUCUUUAAUGUGUCAUGCCUUAUGAUGGUAGCAAAUCAAAGACAAAGGCAUUAAUCUAUUCCCUUCAUCAGCUUAAUUAUAUAUAUCUUCUUCAUGAAUUUCUCUGUUCUUGAAGAAUAGGAAACAACUAUCAUUUUUAUUGUUUUAUUUAUUUAUUAGGUAUAAAUUUGAUUACCAUGUUGUUGAGACCAUUCUAAAUGCUUUGUAUAUAUAGUUAUAUAUAUACUGCCAUUUUGUGCUCUG